AAAGCGUGCAGUAUGGCACUGGGAAGUGCUAGGGAAAAUUACUGCAAAUCCAUCUCACUGCUGUAUUUAUGAACAGCAGAUGGCUAUUCAACUUCCCAAUCAGAAUAGGUGUCUAAAUUUCUCUUGCAGACACAGCAUUCGCUUGAGAGUUGGUUUUUUUACUGAUAGACCUAUAGGGAAGUAUUCCUAUUGGAGUGAUAGGGAAAACAGAGUAAAUAACCAGGGAAGGAAAGUAUAUUAUUCCUUGGCCCAUGGAUUGCUGGUCUGUCUUGAGAGCAAGCACUGUGAAAGACUGCACCCUUAACGAUGGUCACAUUUAGGUAGUUACUCACCUGCUAUUAAUUAAGCAGCAUACUGCACUCUGUUUUUUUGGCUUGCUCAGUAUAAACUACCUUUGAAGCUCCUAUGGGAUAAGAAGUCCUGAUGUGGUUUUCAGAGGGGUUCUACCAGAAAUGAAAUAGUGCUUUCUGGCUAGAAGGGAAAGGCUGGGAAGGUACUGGGAUGGAAGCUGAGUGCCGCCCGCCCACCUGCUACCACCUGUUUAGCUUUAGCAAUUUCUAUAAAGCCUCCCCGAGUCUGUAGGGCACAAUCAUUGCUUACCGGCGGCGGUCAAGAAGGGAGAGAUUUCUGUUGUGAAGUUAUGUCUUCAGAUCGCAACAGUUCAUUGUAUCAAGGCGUCCUCCUAAACUGAAUCAGAACUCCUUCCAAGUGAAAUGGCCAUUGGAAUGGAUGUCAUCUUAAUCCAUUAAUAUUCUUUCUGGCUUAAAAGGACCAUUUUCUUCACUAACUUAUGUUUUGAGAAUGGAGAUUUCGUUGUUUUCUUUCUAUAUCAUUGUGUUUACAGAAAUGAGAAGAAUGAAAGCAUAAGGCACUGAGAACUCUUUAUUCUUUCAUUAUACAAUAAGAAACUUUCAGACACCUCCAGAAGAGCCAGAAGUAUUUUUUAUUUUUUUUAUUUUUAUGUCAAGAUAAAUAUCUCAUCAACAAUAUCUGGGAAAAGAUUCAAGAGAUACACAGGCUACUUAUAGGAGUGCUUUCUCUACGACUGUUUAGACACUUCAUUUUUAAAGUGUAAUUUUUUCUGUAUGCGUGUGAAGCUGCAGCUGCAAUAAAUAUGAAAACCUGCAAAUCCAGUCAUUUGGAUUCAGGAGUAGAAUCGGAGAUCCAGUGCAGAAGUGGACCAGGCUGCAUCGUGAAGUGCAGCACGGAAAGAAUGGAGAGCGCUGCCAAGAGAAGACUGGCUGCCAAUGCCAGGGAGAGAAGACGGAUGCAAGGACUGAACACAGCCUUUGAUCGUUUGAGGAAGGUGGUUCCACAGUGGGGUCAGGAUAAGAAGCUCUCCAAAUAUGAGACCCUUCAGAUGGCUUUGAGUUAUAUCAUGGCUCUAACACGAAUACUUGCUGAAGCAGAGAGAUACAGUUCUGAAAGAGAAUGGAUUAACCUUCACUGUGAACACUUUCAUCCAGAGAGCUACCACCAUUAUACGGGACAAAAAGUGGCAACAGACAGUGAUCCUUAUGCACAGCGAAUAUUCAGCUAUCACCCUGAACACUUUCAAAUAGCUAAUUAGAACUUAUUACGAGCUAAAAAUAUGCAGCAGGCCAGAUGUGUAAUUUAAUAAUUAGCAAGAGUUAAUCUGCUUGAAUAAGGUAAUAUUGACAUUACAAUAGCUUUAUUUGUGUUUGUGUCUUACACUAAUUAGACAAAAUAAAUUUGCCUUUAGAACUUAAAUCAAUAUACAUUUAAGAAGUAUGCAUUUCUUUACUGUUGAUAGAAAGUUCUUUGAAAUUGUACAGACUAUUACUUCCUAGUUAAUUUGGCUCCUUUAAUUAAAUAAGUCUUUUUAUUUAAUUAUCAUUCAUUACAGUAUUUCCUACUAGUAUUGGGCCAAACUGACCCUUGCUAUAACUGAAUGGAGUAGCACUACUGAUGAAUUUCAUUCUAUGUUUUUAUUUUCAUUUCAGCUUUAAAGUAUUUCUUUGUCUUGUUUUCCCUUGAAUGACUCCUCUGGAAGAAGUUUUAUAUUGUAUUGGAGUUCUAGUCCUUGGAGAACUAACUGUCUUAAACUUUGUAAGUUUGAUAUAUGGGUUCCAAAACGGUGUAGGUUUGCUUUAAUCCAACUUACGGUGUCUCUUGUAUGCUCGAAAAAGAGCUGGCUUCAAGUUAUGAAAAUGUUUUUAUUUUUAGUGGCUGUAAAAGCACGUGUGGUUACAUACUGUGAAUGAGAUGCUUGUGUGAAAACAAUCUGAACAUCUGGGUUCUUGUAGUUUGUUUGCAUUUUAUUUUUUAAUUUUAUGUUAUCUAGAGACAGUAACAGAUUUUGUAAAUCAAAAAUAAAGUGUUUUCUAUGAUAUGUCCUCAUAUA